UCCCUUUUCUCUCUCUCUCUCUCUCUCUCUCAGCCCCCUUUUCUCUCUCCCUCUCUCUCCAAAUCUAGCUUGAUUCGAUCCAUCUAUGCCUCACCUUUUUCCUUUAAAACCUAUGUUCUUGUUUUUUCUCCAUAUUCCCUCCCGCCCUUCUCUCCCUCUUUCCCAUCUUGCCUUUUCUUUUAUUUUAUCUUUUCAAGGGAGCUUCAUUAUAUAUCUAUAUAUAGAUAUAGAUAUAUCCAGUAGAGCUUAGUAAAUUACAUUUUACCACUUUAGAAGCCGAAAAUGAGAGAGACAGAGACACAGCGGUCCAGCUGAGUCUAUGGCUGACCGACUUUGAGAGAGAAGCCGUGUAGGAUAAAGAUAGAGAAAUAGCACAUAUAGGGGGAGAGAGAGAGAGAGAAUAAAUAUUCUGUUUGGCUUUCUUCUUUUCGUUUGGUACUGUUUUUCUUCUCCCGAGUUCCAAUUUUCAAACCCCAAGUCGCCAGGGAAAGAUCCAUCCAUCCAUUCAUCUCCGAAAGCAUCAGACUUAUAUAUAUGGGAUUUCGUCACUAAUCAAAGUUCUUCGUUUUCGAGGAAGUUAAGAGCAAAUCUAUGUCUGGAAUGAUAUGAUUCUACAGAUUCUCAGAUUUUUUCAUCAUCUGUACCUCUUUGUUUUUACUUUGUCUCUUCUCUAUAACCAGUUUAAUUAGGCCACACACGCGCCCAUUAAUUACCCUCUCUUGCUUUGGAUUCAGUUCCAAAUGAUGUCUGAAAAUGGAUUCUCAAUUCCCUCUUCAAUCACAGGGUUUGCCCACCAACCAAACCCUAACCCUAAUCCUAACCCUACCACAGCUCCAUCUGCCAAGCGAAAGAGGAAUCUUCCAGGAACACCAGAUCCAGAUGCGGAAGUUAUAGCUCUGUCUCCCAAGUCUCUGAUGGCCACAAACCGAUUCAUCUGCGAAAUCUGCAACAAGGGUUUCCAGAGAGACCAGAACCUGCAGCUUCACCGGAGAGGCCACAACCUGCCGUGGAAGCUCCGUCAGAGAACCAAUAAGGAAAUCCGGAAGAAGGUGUACAUCUGCCCGGAGAAGAGCUGCGUUCACCACGACCCCUCGAGGGCCCUUGGCGACCUCACCGGCAUCAAGAAGCACUUCAGCCGAAAACACGGCGAGAAAAAGUGGAAGUGCGACAAGUGUUCUAAAAAAUAUGCAGUUCACUCCGAUUGGAAAGCUCACACUAAAAUUUGUGGAACUAGAGAAUACAAGUGCGAUUGUGGAACCCUCUUCUCCAGGAAGGAUAGCUUCAUCACCCACAGGGCCUUCUGUGAUGCUUUGGCUGAGGAAAGUGCAAGGCUUACCUCAGUCCCUGCACCAACCAAUAUUACUCCAAAUAACUUCAGAAACAAUAAUUUGAUCAAUGGGCCGAUAGGUAGUCUUCAGGCUGCCGGGAUCCCCCAAUUUUCCGCUCCCUUCCGGCCAGAACUUCACACUAGCUCGGUCGACCCAACCGGCCAUCUCAACGAAGAUGGGCAGAAGCCGAGGCUGCCACUGUGGCUAGACCAGCCCAAUUCUCACCUCAACCCUAUUGGCAUAUCCGGUACUAAUUCAAACGGGUACUUAUGUUCGAACUCGACCGGCUUGCCUGAAUUGGUGCAAACAAAUUUGUUCGGGCUUUCGUCACCACCACCGCCGUGGCUCAACCAAAGCGCCAGUACUAAUCUCUCCAUACCGGCACUGCCGCUGGGACUAAAACGAGAAGAUGAGAGCAAGGGAAACUUUUCAGAAAGCAUGGGCACUCUAUUAUACUCCAACAGUACCAACACUCAAAGCUCGGCGCACAUGUCGGCCACGGCACUGCUGCAGAAAGCAGCCCAAAUGGGCUCUACAAGAAGCAACCCACCAGCAGCCGCGGCAACCGCGCUCGGAGUGAUGAACUUCAAUGAUAACCCUAAUUACAGCCAAAACAGAAAUGAGAUUGAAGACAAGUUCUUUGGGCAGCAGAGCCAAGCUGAUCAGAACUUGAAUGAGUUGGUGAAUUCUAUGUCGUCUUCUUCCCCAAUAAACAAUAUUAAUGAUGGGUUGUUUUUGGGUGAUUCGAAAUCGAGCUCGGUAACCAGAGGGAAGCUGCAGCGCGUAAGCUCCAAUAAUAUUGAAGUGGAAAGUAGUCUAACGAGGGAUUUUCUCGGGGUAGGAGGUAAGGAUGGUGCAGCAGGGAGACCAUUGAUCUUCCAGCACGAGCUAGCCAAGUUUGCUUCAAUGGGGGCAGCCAUGGACUUGAGCCACUACAGUAAUGGAAACCACUGAGGAUUUGAUUGUCUGCAGAUCAAGGCCGUAGGAUUGAUCGACACUGUGAUUAGUGAUGGAGACUGAUCUAUGUCUAAAGUUUGAACGUCAACUUCAGGGGGUUGCUGUUCUUCCAAGUUAAUAUAUAAUAAUAAUUCCUUA